AAUUAAUAUCCGGGAUUUACGCUUUCGCCAUUUCUUGUGCGACAGUUUCCGUACGUGCAGUUGAGGUUCGUGUCUUGCUCUCCUUGGUCGAGUUCGGUGGUGUCCUUCUUUUCGACCAAUAUGAGAUGGUGGCUGGUGAUGGUAUUGCAGCUCACGAUAGUCUCAGCUGAAGGAGCUAGUACUCCAGUAGCACCUACAACUUCUGUGUUUGCAACUACGAAUACUCCCAAUCCCACACCUACACCACAGACCUCUUCUUCUGUUCCAGUUGAUUCUACGUCUAGUCCUACAUCAACACCUCAAAUGUGUCCUAAUUUGGAGCCUCCUGAUAAUGGUGGUGUUAGCGACUUUGUUAAUACUUCAGCGCUAGUUAAUGCUACCAGCACGUACACGUGUAACGAGGGAUACAAACUUGUUGGUAACAAAAUGGUGACAUGUCAAUCCAAUGGUAACUGGAGCGGUGGUACACCCGAAUGUAAAGUUGUCGAUUGUGGAGCUCCUCCUAAUGUAACUUCUGGAGGGUCUGUGGACGCUACAUCAACAACGUAUAGUAAAACUGCCAAGUAUACGUGUGACGUCGGCCAUCGGCUUACUGGCAAUGAAACCAUCACAUGUCAAUCUGAUGGUAACUGGAGCGGUGGUGCACCUGAAUGUAAAGUUGUCGAUUGUGGAGCUCCUUCUAAUGUAACUUCUGGAGGGUCUGUGGACGCUACAUCAACAACGUAUAGUAAAACUGCCAAGUAUACGUGUGACGUCGGCCAUCGGCUUAAUGGCAAUGAAACCAUCACAUGUCAAUCUGAUGGUAACUGGAGUGAUGGUGCACCUGAAUGUAAAGUUGUCGAUUGUGGAGCUCCUCCUAGUGUAACUUCUGGAGGGUCUGUGGACGCUACAUCAACAACAUAUAGUAAAACUGCCAAGUAUACGUGUGACGUCGGCCAUCGGCUUAAUGGCAAUGAAACCAUCACAUGUCAAUCUGAUGGUAACUGGAGUGAUGGUGCACCUGAAUGUAAAGUUGUCGAUUGUGGAGCUCCUCCUAGUGUAACUUCUGGAGGGUCUGUGGACGCUACAUCAACAACAUAUAGUAAAACUGCCAAGUAUACGUGUGACGUCGGCCAUCGGCUUAAUGGCAAUGAAACCAUCACAUGUCAAUCUGAUGGUAACUGGAGUGAUGGUGCACCUGAAUGUAAAGUUGUCGAUUGUGGAGCUCCUCCUAGUGUAACUUCUGGAGGGUCUGUGGACGCUACAUCAACAACAUAUAGUAAAACUGCCAAGUAUACGUGUGACGUCGGCCAUCGGCUUAAUGGCAGUGAAACCAUCACAUGUCAAUCUGAUGGUAACUGGAGCAGUGGUGCACCUGAAUGUAAAGUUGUCGAUUGUGGAGCUCCUCCUAAUGUAACUUCUGGAGGGUCUGUGGAUGCUACAUCAACAACAUACAAUGAAUCUGCCAAGUAUGUGUGUAAGGUCGGCCAUCGGCUUACUGGCAAUGAAACCAUCACAUGUCAAUCUGAUGGUAACUGGAGUGAUGGUGCACCUGAAUGUGAACUUCAGAGUUGUCCUGACGUUAAUGAUGUCACAGGCAGAGUAGCGUCCAACAGUAAUGUUAUGUUUGACAGUAUCAUUGACUUUACGUGCAACGACAGUUACGUGUUGUAUCCCGAAGAAAGCAGGGUUGUACGAUGUAUUGAAUUAAAAGAUGGCGCUGUCAAGUGGAAUGCUUCAUUUCCUGAGUGUGGAGUUGUUCCAAGUGUGGCAUUAUCGAAUUCAGUUCAUCAAGAUUUCCCUACUUUGACAUCGCCUCCAAUUAACGGUGGAAACUCAGCUGAAAAUAUUGUGAUCGACUGUGCAGUACAGAAAGGAGAGCCAUUGCCAUCACUUCAAUGGAUCUACAAUACAACAGUUACGGUAUCUAACGAUAGUAGUGAUGCAGUUUUUCAAAGAAACGAUGGAAACAGUGUCCAGCAAUUAGUGUUUACCAUGUUUAAUGAACAACAUGAAGGCAACUACUCAUGUGAAGCGACGAAUGUUGUUGGUAAAGACACCAAGUCUUUUCGAAUUUUGUUGGAAGUUGCUCCUGGUCGUCCAUCUAAACCUGUGGAAAUGAGUACGGGAGUUAAGAACGUUACUAUUGAGUGGAAAGCUCCGGAAUUUAAUGGCAACAACGAAAUCAUUAGUUAUGAUAUUCAAUAUCGUUUAAAUGACAGCGAAAGCUGGAUUUUAUCACAGAACACAAGUAGCCUAGUUGCAACUGUCAAAUCUCUAGAUUCCUUUAAGGUAUAUGUGUUUCGUGUGAGAGCACAGAAUGGAAUUGGACCGGGGAAAUACAGUGAGUUAUCGGAUCCUAUUCUGACUGGUCAGUCCAAACCUGGACCACUGAACAAUGUUACUGCCACAGCUAGUGGUCCUAACUCAAUAUUAGUCACGUGGACCAUCCCUUCUCCUGAAACGGUUGCUGGUGUUCUAAAACAGUUCUACAUUUAUUACGAUUUGGGGCGUGCCCCUGUUGAUGAGACUUUGUCUAGCUACAACAUCACCAAUCUUACUGCACAUACAAAUUACUCGAUUCAAGUAGCUGCAGAGACAGGAGCGGGCAUCGGUGUUCGUAGUCCUAAGCAAGCUAUUCGAGUCACCACUGAGCAGGAUCGUCCUAGUGAGCCUCCCAACAUUGCUCUGAUUAUUCCUGCAGCCAGAAAUCUUACUGUUCAUUGGGAUGAUGUACCAACGUCAUCUCAGAAUGGCGAUAUCACAUUUAUUGAAAUUUGUUACAACUCGUCUACGUUCGAAACAGUGACGAAAUGUGUAAAUGCGAGUGGUGGAUCUAACGCGGAGGUCAUUGAUGGGUUGGAGGAGUUUGUUGUGUAUGACAUUCGAAUUAGAGCUUACACAAUUGUCGGCCCCAGUGAUUUCAGUGCAUCGGAAAGAAACAGAACUCUAGCUGCUCCGAGUGGUCCACCAACUAAUACAAGUGUUAUGGACACAUCAUCGACAUCAUUGUUUGUUCGUUGGAAUCCACCCUUGCCGGAGGAUCUUAAUGGUGUUCUCAUUCGAUACGAGGUGCAACAACGAGAGAAUGGCAGUGCUAACAGUAGUUAUACUUCAGUGCAUCCAGGGCCGGGCGUUGACACUAGUCUUAACAUUUCUAAGCUGGAAAGGUGGACGUAUUAUGCUAUUCGAGUUAGAGUGAUCAGCCAUGGAAGAGACAAAGACCGUGAAAUAGGUGGAGAGUGGUCGGACAUAAUGGUUGUUCGAACGGAUGAAGCAAUUCCUGAUCCUCCAGCUUUCGUGAAAGUGAUAGAAAAUACUUCUACUGCCAUCACGUUGCAAUGGAGUUCACCUCAAAGUUCGUUGGGGAAUAUUCAACGCUAUAUUAUUGAGUACAAUGGAACUUUUAAUGACAGCAUUACUACAAAAAUUGUAACAGGUCAACAGUUUUCGGCAGUCGUAACAGGGCUACAUCCAUUUAGUGAAUACUAUUUCAAAGUAUAUGCUGAAACAACGAAAGGACGAAGUACCACAGGAGCCAUGGUCUCUGCCAAGACAUUGGAAGAUGCUCCAUCUGGACCUCCUAAAGACUUUAGAGUUGAAGCUAUUGGAAACAGUGAGCCUGCUAUAUUGAGUGUCCAUUGGGCAAGACCAAAUGAUGUGGAUAUAAAUGGAAAAUUGAGAGGAUACAAAGUGAAAUACAGGGAAAUGGCACCGGCUGACUUGAGGAGACGUGAUGAUGGCUACCAGGAGAUAUCAGUUUCUUCAUCGAAUUUAAGUGUCAACUUGAGUCAGUUGAAGCCGUAUACAAGCUACAUGGUGAGAGUGCUGGCUUUCACAGUUUCUGAUGGUCCCCCAACACAGCCAAAGACUAUAAGAACCAAUGCUGCAUUGCCUCCUGACAUAAACAUCCCUCAAGUAACUCCGCAAGGCAUUGGUGUUGGCACAAUCACUUUUAGAAUUGACAAUAGUAGUUUGUCAAACUUCGGGAGUAAUGGACCUAUCAUGAAGUAUCAGAUAUUGGCAGCUGUUUUUCCAGAGGGUGAAAGUGAUGUCAAGUCAGACAGUUUGGAGGUGGAUCUGUACAUACCUCCGGGAGAAGACAUGAAGGGUGGUCCGUUUGCGUACGUAAUUGCUACUUACCCUGGAGAGCAAGGUCUUCCUGAGCUAAUCGUGGCAGGCGAAGACAAGAGUUCUUUCACUAACCAAGAAGUGUUCAAUGGUCCUCUGAGGACUGAUGUAGCUUAUAAUUUCUUUAUCUCGGCUUCUACACAGGGUGAAGAAGGGCCGUUGGUGAGACGGAGCGAUUACAUCUUGAAGGAAGCUGUCAAAUCAAAAGGCGAGUCCUCCAAUGCAGCAACAGUUAUCGCCGUGGUAGUGGUGAUUAUAGUUGUUCUGGUGAUUGUGCUCAUUAUCGUCAUGGUGAUGGUUUACAGACGUCGUGUUGAACGUUUCAGGAGAAAGCAGAAAGGUGGCUUUGAGCUGGUUCAGGGAGGAGGGUCAAUGCCAUUGGAAACGAUAAUAGAGAAUGUCGGGGCAGCAGAAGACAUUUUCAAACCACCGUCGAAGAUUAAUGUGAGUCACUUGCUUUCGACCGUGAACAGACUACAUGCCGAUGGUGACUUCUUGUUCAGUGAUGAAUACGAGCAUGUGGAGCAUCCUGACAAAGUCACGUUUACUACAUUUGCUGCUGAUGCUCCCGAAAAUCGAACAAAGAAUCGUUACACCAACAUAAAUUCUUAUGAUCAUAGCCGGGUUCAUCUUAGUGCCUCAUCAUCUGGAGAUUAUAUCAAUGCUAAUCAUGUGGAUGCUUAUGGGAAAGAGAAAGCAUUCAUUGCAACACAAGGUCCCGUUCCUGACUCGAUCUGCGAUUUCUGGCAAAUGCUCUGGGAACAGAACUCGUACGUUAUUGUCAUGUUGACGAAACUGGAAGAAAGUGGAAGGCUGAAAUGUCACCAAUACUGGCCGGAAAGUGAAACACAGUACUAUGAUGACAUAUGCGUGACUCCGUUGAAGGCAGUGACUGAUUUGCCAGACUACACUGUUCGGAAAUUUUCUGUCAAAGCGCCGGGAACGAAAGACGAGCGGAUAAUAUCUUUGUGGCAUUAUCUGAUGUGGCCCGAUCACGGCGUGCCACAGCAUCCGUACUCGUUGCUCAACUUUAUACGGAAAUCAUCGAAUGCAAAUCCACCAGAUAGUGGCCCUAUCAUUGUACACUGCAGUGCCGGUGUAGGCAGGACGGGAACUUACAUCGCUCUCUUUUCGCUUUGGAAAAUGAUGGUCAACGAGGGAAAAGUUGACGUAUUUGGCACAGUGCGAGAUCUUCGUUAUCAGCGUUGCAUGAUGGUUCAGACAGAGAGUCAAUACGUCUUUGUCUACGAAGCAUUACUCGACCUCAUCCAUUGUGGCGACACCGAGAUAGCACCUCAAGAUCUGACACAACGAAUACAGGCAUUGGAUAGAGAGGAACAGGAUUCGAGAGAGACGGCUCUUGAAGCAGAGUUUAAGAGAUUGAAUGGACCGAGAUCUCCGAGGUAUAAGUGUACCGCCGCUAAUUUGGCAUAUAACCAGUCGAAGAACAGAUUUGUGACUGUCGUACCGUAUGAUGAGACGAGAGUAAAGCUGGCUGUUGUACCUGGAAACGAAGGAUCUGAUUACAUCAAUGCAAGCUGGCUUAAUAGUUAUUGGCAUCGUAAUGCUUACAUUGCCACUCAAGCUCCACUUUCCAACACAGUCAACGAUUUCUGGCGAAUGAUAUCGGAAAACAAUGCAUCUACUAUCGUCAUGUUGACCAAUCUGUCAGAAUCAGGAAGAGAAAUGUGUACUCAAUACUGGCCCAGUAAGAAACAAGAGUACGGCAACCUUGUCAUAGAGAAGACAUCAGAAGAGCCAUACGAAGAAUACAUUCAACGUGAUUUUAUGAUCACCGAUGAGGACGGCCAGUCUGUGCCUGUUCGACAAUUUCAGUACACGGCGUGGCCGCAACGUGGGGCUCCGCAUAUUGGAAUAGGCAUGACUGAUAUGAUUGGACAGGUAGAACGAUGGAAACAGCAAGCUGGAGAUGGACCUGUUAUAGUUCACUGCAGUGCUGGCACUGGUCGAACUGGUUGUUUCAUUGCACUGAGCAUCUUGCUUGACCAGCUAAAGACGGAGGGCAUUAUUGAUGUCUUUCAGACCAUUCGAGGUCUUCGACUGCGGAGAUCGGCGAUGGUGCAGACGUUGGAUCAGUAUCGAUACUGCUACAGUACGAUCCUGGACUUUCUUGCAUCGUACGACACUUACAGCAACUUCAAGUAACUGAUUGUCGCAUGUGAUCUGUGCGGAUGUCGAGACACGUGUUGCAAUGAUAGUUAGUCAGAUUUGUAGAUCUAUAUACGAUGACGACGACGAUGAUGAUGUGUGUCAUAACCACGGGCACUAUUUACAUACCUUGUGCACAAUGUUGUCUUGUAUCAAUGCUUUUUGAAUUUUGAAAUUGAUGCAGUAGAAACAGUUACAACUGAAGGCUGAUUGAAAGGCCAGACCAAGUAAUUUUUGAUGCUCGGAUAUUUGGAUAUGAAAACAGACCGGCCAACGGGAAUUUUUAAAAAGUAAUGAUCAUGUGACAUUUGAGCUUGCGCCCUCUCAUUGUACAGCCUACGAAUGUGAGAUAACAAAACGGACACGAAAAGCAAAUGACGCUGUGCACGAUUUGAAAUAAUGUCAUGAACAAAAAUGUCAUCUUUUGUUACAUCAUAGCAAAACCCUAUGAUGUUGGAUGAUAAAAAGUUUCAUUAUUUACUCGGUCAGG